CCUUGUUGUUUUUCCUGAAGAUUGUGCCCAUUGGUCCUUGGACAGGCCCUCGCCCUGCCCGCUGGGGGCGCUCAGGGUGUUGCCAAGUGUGAGUAUUGCUGUUACCGCAUUGCGGGGGGAAGCUGGAUGGGCUGGUUUGGCAGGGGGCAGUGAUGGGAGCUUUCACUUCCCUGUCACCGAUCUCAGCCCAGCCCGAGGCCAGUUCUUAGUGGACAGGAGCUCACAUCAUAACUCACAUUAAUGGCAACCACAGGGAGACCAAGACCUGCAUGGGCCGCAGGGACUAUUCCUCCCCACGGAGAGGUUUCAGCAGGGGUCAGGGCUGAGCCAUGUCAGCAGCACCGUGCGGGGCUCACACAGCCGCUGGGAUGUCCUCGUUCCCCACUCAGUGCAUGGAGCUCCAGCUGCCAGGGUUGGAUGUGACUCUGGAUCCCAGCACAGCAAAUCCCUACCUCGUCCUGGCUGAGGAUCGGAAACGUGUGACAUACCGAGACAAGCGCCAGGAUCUGCCUGACAAUCCGGAGAGAUUUGAUACUAUGGCGGUUGUCCUGGGCGCUGAGGGAUUCACGAGCGGGAAACGUUACUGGCAGGUGGAGGUUGGAGGAAAGAAUCUCUGGACUCUUGGGGGUCUGUAGGGAAGCUGUGCGCAGGAAGGGGCAUAUUGUAUAUCUAUCGGAGAAUGGAUACUGGACAAUAUGGCAGCGUGCUGGGCAAUGCAAGGCCAAUACCUCCCCCGCGACCGUCCUGCCCGUGAGUGUCACGGCCAGACGAUUGGGGAUUUUCCUGGACUAUGAGGCGGCCGAGGUCUCCUUUUACA